AUGUCGGAAGAUGAGAAAGUCCUCGCAGAUUACGAGGGACCAUGUCUGACUAUUUGCACUGAUUGCUGCCAUUCAAAGACUGUACCCAAAAAGUAUGCUAUAACCAUUCUUACUGCCCUCUGGGGCCUGUUCACGAACAUCGAACGUGCAAUCAUUCUUCCCACAAUGUGGCUUUACUUUACCACAUACUGGAGUGAGGACACAGCAAAAAAAUUCUAUGGUGCUACAAUGGCCGCCUUUAGUCUGUCUGUGCUUCUGUUUACACCACUCUAUGGUUACGCGGCUCACCGUGGAGUUCACACAAAGUAUUUGAUUGUGCUUGCAAAUUUGAUAGAAAUUCUGGGCAAUCUUGCCUACCUGAUCGCCCAGCAGCCCUGGGUAGUUUUGGCAGGCAGAUUCAUAUCAGGUAUUGGCGGAAGCUGUGACACGCCAAUGUAUGCCGAUCUGGCCCGGACCACAACGGUUCGGGAGAGGACGCCCUACGUGGCUGUAACCUAUGUUUUCAAGCAGAUCGGAAUAGUGUUUGGCCCAGCAUGCACACUUCUCAUGCAUAAACUCCACUGGACCAUGGGCGACUUCACGCUCAGUGUCUACAACGGACCUGGACUGUUGAUGGCUUGUCUCUGGUGCCUUCACACUAUACUGGUCAUUUUCUUUUACCCACUUGUGAAGAAACCUCCACAUCCCGGCUCUGACGUACCAUCAGAAAAACAAGAACUCGUCCUCAAUGAUAAGACGAAGGUACGCAAUAAGAGAGGAUGCUGCGAUAGUGAGUGUGAAAAGCUGAAAGUUUACCGAACGUACCCUGUCCUCUCAAUGUUUGUCAUGGUACUGACGGCCUAUUUUUGUGUAAUGAGCUUGGAGACUGUUCUCUCACCGGUGGUAAAUCAUUACUUCAACUGGGACGAGGUGAAGGUCAGCUAUGUAUAUCUCGGAGCCAGUGGAGUUCUAAUAAUGAUGUGCUUCAUCCUGCAUUUCCUAUCGAAACGGAUUGAGGACAGACGUCUGGCGUUGGUCGGUUUCAUUCUCUUAGUUCUGGCCUAUGCCUUGCUGGUCUUCGUCACAGCCUUUCUUCAAUACACCACAGAGCUGGUGGGAAUCCCACUCAUACUAACCGGUAUCUUAAUUCACGUGGUUGGCAUGCCAUUGGCAUUGGCCGUGACGGAAUCACUUUACACAAAGAAAGUGCCCAGGGAUGAUUUGGACCGUGCGCUCGCCUACCUUCGAUGCGUAGCCAAUCUUGGUUUCUUGCUAGGACCCCUGGAAGGUGGCGUCUUUGUCGCAUACUCCUACCUUGUGUUCCUUGGAAACUUCAUCUUGAGUGUGAUUAGCUUGGGUCUUAUCGCCGGCCGGUACUCUGAAUUUAAAGUCGACGAAGCGGUGUCUGAGUAUGAAAAACUUACAGACCAAAGUUCACCAGCGAAAAUCUCAAAGAAAUGA